AUGAAGGUGAGAUCAUCAGUGAAGAAGAUGUGUGAGUUUUGCAAGACAGUGAAACGCCGUGGACGUGUCUAUGUGAUAUGUUCUUCCAAUCCUAAGCACAAGCAGAGACAAGGAUACUGCUCCAUUGCUCAUGAAGGAAUAUUACCUCCUCCUUUGUUCUCUGCGUCGGUUGCUAAUCAAGAGGUGGUGAGGGUGCCUGGUCAGGGCGUAUCAGCGGGUCUAGCAUCGAUAUUACACGAAAGGCCAGAGCCAGCAGCGGUUUUCGGAUGGAGAGCAGGUCUUGCAUCCAUUCUCUUCAAACAAGGGAAUUAUUGUAGGCUCUUCUAG